GUGGUUAGGUCAGCCAUGUUUCUGCGCUGACCUCAUCAGCGUACUGGGCCACUGCAUCACAUGAUAGCCAUGACGACGACCGCAAAACGGAACAAAACGAUGCAAUUAUUGGAUAUCGGGAGUUUUCGCUACAGGACGAGCUCAAUCACGAAUUUCUAGCGACAUCAUGUCCCGCCAAUUCCGUUUCUUCAACCUCGCCGCUCGCCAAACCAUCUCCCGUCGUGGAGUCUCCACACCAAGUGUGGACCCCGCGGCCGUCCGAAAGAAUGUUGAGGGAGUUGCUGGCAAGCUUACAGGCUUUGCGGAACCCAUCAUCUACUACUCUCGCGUCGGUCUCGAAUUCUUGCGCUCGGUCGCCGUCCACCAAAAGCUUGCUAUCCCAAACGUUGAGAAUGGAAUGAGCGGUCUUACUAACUUUUACAGCGCCUUCAAGAAUGGCGCCUGGAAGAAGGUCACGCUCCGUCAAACGGGUCAGCUCGCCGCUGAGGGUAUCAAGAUCUCUGGGUUCUUCCUUGUUGGUGAGAUGAUUGGAAAGGGAAGCGUUAUUGGAUACCAAAUCGAAGGUACGGAGCAUCACGCCGAGGGACACUAAACGCAGCCGCGGUAGAUCGGCAAAUAAUCUUAGAUGUAGUCUUGCGGGACACCCAAACCCUUAAGAAUAAAAAAUAAGCCCUCUUUGUUCCGUUCCUCCUAAUCAUAAUCUUGUACCUCAUCGAUCAAUCUGACGAGUGCUUUCGAGAGGUCUUGGUCCUAAUGUAUGUCGUGUGGGAAACAAAUGGGAAAUGCCAUGAAUAAGAAUGGCCGUCCGUCUCAAUGUC